AGACAUCAAUCCCUGCUUGUUUGAGUCACCCAUACAUAUAGGUGGCAGUGAAGAUAUUUCUGUGUGUUUGUACCCAUACCGAACCCAUCGUCGGACUGCAAGGAAAACGGUCAAAAUGAUACUGGGCUAAUUGCCGAUAUAUAAACAAUUGACCACUACUGGUUGAUGCAAAAAGGCUACACACGUUCGCAUUGAAGCGCCAACUCCAAUUCUCUUUAAAAGAUGUCAGAGGCCCUCAUCCUCACCUUUCAGUCCCAGCUCUCCAGUCUGAUGGAGACUGUCCUCAAAUCAGCUAUGUACGAGGUCACUAGGCUGGUGGAAGACAGCUUCUUAGAGGAAGUAGGCCGUGGCAAGCAGGAAGUCGAGAUGCUGCGGUUAAAACUACAGCUAUCUGAGCUCAAAUUAAGGGAAAAAGAGCGUGAAAAAGUGAAAGGGAUGAGGUGUGGAAACUGUGGAAGGGCUAGCGCCACCACUGACGGAACCCACGAUGAGCCACCAGCUGAGGCUGACACCCUUUGCUUGAGCCUGAGUGUCAGUGAGCAGCGCCAGUGUGGACAGAUGCUUCAAGAAGAGGAGUGGAUCUCCACAGAGACACAUGAUCGCAAGCCUCACGUAACAACUGCCCAUGUGAAGGAUAGGGGGGACAGUCAAAACCUGAGUUUGGCAUCUCCAUCCUCAACACCAGACAAGCAGUGGACUUUGCAGAGCCCUAUUUCAACUGGAUCUGCCAUAAACCAGGAGUAUGACUCCCUCUCUGGUGACAAACACAAAAAUAGAGACACAGAGCCUGGUGGGGUACUUUCCUCUCACACAAGAGAGAGUGUUCAGGAGUCGCAGGCAGCACUGCCAAGCCUGCUUGCCACGUUAGCUCUACCAGGCAGCAGCCGCCACAGCAGCACCAGCAAUGAUUUCAUUCCUACCUCGGCUUUCCCUGAUCUGAAGUCAGAGAGUGAGGGAAUCCCACCUGUUAUUAAAGAGGAGGAAGAAGCCUUGCCUGUGUGGAACCCCAGUCGUGAGGAUGCAGAGUUUUGUCAGGACAUGGUCAAUCCAUCUGACACACACUCCAGAGGACCCUGGAAUCGAGAGGAGAUGCAGGUAGAGACCAUUAACAAUAUCUCCCCUCUUGCCUCACAGGAGACAGACACGUACGUCAUGUCAUAUUCUGUUAAGCUGGACACAUUGGCGUCACAAACCAGGCAGGUUCAGCCCCUGCUGUUAAGUCCAGCAAUGGCAGAUUUGACUGACAAGUCAGUUGGAUCUGAUUUACAAGUGCAGGGCGUUGUUGGAUACACCAUGCCUAACGACAGCUUGGUGUUGAGUGAAAACUCACCUGUGUCCCAACAACAGGGCUUCCAUGGAGAGAAGGCCUUUAGGUGCUUUAUAUGCUCAAAGAGAUUCUCGUCAUAUAAGUACCUCAAAGCACAUCAGAAGCUCCACACAGACAAGCGCCACCCCUGCACCCAGUGCGGGAGAGGGUUUCAGCACCUGUGUCAUCUGAAGGCCCACAUGCUCACUCAUACGGGAAAGAAGCCACUUAAUUGCCCCCACUGUGACAAAAGUUUUGUGUAUAACUUUGAGCUCAAGAUCCACCUUAGACAGCACUCGGGUGAGAAGCCCUACACCUGCUCACACUGUGGGAAAGGCUUUGCACGGCUGAGCAACUUCAAGCAGCACCAGAACAUCCAUACGCGAGAGAAGGUGUACGGCUGUGUCUUCUGUGGCAUGAGGUUCACACGUUCCAGCAACCUGAGGGUUCACCUGCGGCGACACAGCGGUCCGAGCGACGCUUAUCUGUGAUGUGGCUUAUCUGAAGGAUCACCUUCUUAAAACCUUUUGAGAAAGCAGAGACUGUCAGACGUAAACACAUAAAAACAAAAACAAACAAAACAAACUAACAUUAACAAGGACACUUUCAAGUUCCAUUUGGUCAGGUUCUGGAAUGGCAUAAUGGAACGUGGACAACUGCUUUUAUAUGCAUGUGAUGUAGAUCAGUCAUCGUGAUGGUUAAAUCCUAAUCAAAUAUGAUUUUAAAGAAACUGAUACUUAAAUGUCCUAAGAGAAUUGUAAUGAUAAAUUCAAAGUUAUUAUUUUCGUGUGAUGAGCACGUGUUAACAUUUUGAAAGGAUACUCUUACACAGGUAGCCUAAUUCUGAGGUUGAUAUUCAUUAAACCAAUUCAAAAAUA